CCGGAGUAGCUGCUGUAACGUGUUCGGGGCGAGCCGGGACUCCUCGCUCCUUUAUCUAACUUUUAUAGUCCAUUCUUUAAUAAAUAUAUGCUUUAGUGAAGUGACCGUUGAGAGUGGGAACGUUACGUACUGGGCGGAGCGGCGCCGUUAUAAAACAAAGCGGACCCUUAUAACAGAUUAGCUGGUCGUCAGUAACCCUUUUUUAUUUCUUUAACGAGGACACCUUUUUCGGGCUAAUGCUACUCUAAAUCAACAGAAACGCAAGUGAAGCACCAAAAUAAGAUGGAUCUUCGGUUACUUUUAAUAGCAACGUUAUCUGCGGUCCUCUGCAGCAGCUGGGCACAGCCAGAGGGAAGCAUAUGCAUCAAGGCAAACGCACAGUCGUGUGGGGAAUGCAUUCAAGUCGCAGAGUCAUGUGGAUGGUGCGCAGAUCAAAAUUUCCUUGAUGUGGGUGAGUCAAAGUCAGCUCGCUGUGAUGAUCUGGAGUCCCUGAAGAAGAGAAACUGUGAGAAAAUUGAGAAUCCACGCGGGAAAAUCGAUGUCGACAAAAACAAGCCUGUCACCAACCGAAAGAAGGACGUGGCUGAGAAGCUGAAGCCAGAACAGAUCACUCAGAUCCAGCCCCAGAAACUCACUCUGACACUCAGAUCCGGUGAGCCCCAGACUUUUGAGCUGAAAUUCAAGCGUGCGGAGGACUACCCCAUCGACCUGUACUACCUUAUGGACCUGUCCUUCUCCAUGAAAGAUGAUUUGGAAAACGUGAAGAACCUCGGCACUGCCCUCAUGACAGAGAUGCAGGAGAUUACUUCAGAUUUCAGAAUUGGUUUCGGCUCAUUCGUGGAGAAGACGGUCAUGCCUUACAUCAGCACCACGCCGGCCAGGCUCAUCAACCCCUGCACAGGGAACCAGAACUGCACCAGCCCCUUCAGCUAUAAGAAUGUCCUGAAGCUGACAAACAAGGGAGACGAGUUCAAUAAGUUGGUCAGUCAGCAGCAGAUCUCAGGAAACCUGGACUCCCCGGAGGGCGGCUUCGAUGCCAUCAUGCAGGUGGCGGUCUGUGAGGACCAGAUCGGCUGGAGGAACGUGACUCGCCUGCUGGUGUUUUCCACCGAUGCUGGUUUCCACUUCGCUGGAGACGGCAAACUGGGCGGCAUCGUCCUGCCCAAUGACGGGAAGUGUCACCUGGAGAACGACAUGUACACCAUGAGCCACUACUAUGACUACCCCUCCAUCGCCCAUUUGGUUCAGAAACUGAGCGACCACAACAUCCAGACCAUCUUUGCCGUCACAGAGGAAUUCCAGCCUGUUUACAAGGAGCUGAAAAACCUCAUUCCCAAAUCAGCUGUUGGCACGCUGUCCUCCAACUCCAGCAACGUCAUCAAACUCAUUAUUGAUGCCUACAACUCUUUGUCAUCUGAGGUCAUUCUGGAAAACGGCAGGCUGCCAGAGGGAGUUUCCAUCACCUACAAGUCCAUCUGUAAGAACGGCGUGAUGGCAACAGGGGAGAACGGCAGGAAGUGCUCCAACAUCUCCAUUGGAGACGAGGUGUUUUUCAACAUUUCCAUUGAAUCCCAGAAGUGUCCAUCACAUGGCAAAAAGGAGGUCAUUAAAAUUAAACCGCUGGGCUUCACCGAGGAGGUGGAGGUCGUCCUGAACUUUAUCUGCGACUGUCCGUGCGCCACAGAAGGAGAGCCAAAUAGCGAGCAGUGCCACGAGGGCAACGGGACCUUCGAGUGCGGAGCCUGCAAGUGUAAUGAUGGGCGUAUUGGGCGUCUUUGCGAGUGCAGCAAAGACGAAGUGCGGACAGAGGACCUGGAUGCCAACUGCCGAAAAGACAACGGUACGGACAUCUGCAGCAACAACGGUGACUGCAUCUGCGGCACCUGCGAGUGCAAGAAGCGCGAGAAUCCUGCAGAGAUCUACAGCGGCAAGUUCUGUGAGUGCGACAACUUCAACUGUGACCGCUCCAACAACAAGCUCUGCGGAGGACACGGCCGCUGUGAGUGCAGGAAGUGCAUCUGUGAUGCCAACUACACCGGCAGCGCCUGUGACUGCUCCCUGGAGAAAUCCACCUGUCUCGCCAAGAACGGGCAGAUCUGUAACGGCCGCGGUACUUGUGAAUGUGGAGUCUGCAAAUGCAUCGACCCUAAAUUCCAGGGUCAAACCUGCGAGAUCUGUCCCACCUGCCCCGGCGUCUGCACCGAGCACAAGGAUUGUGUUCAGUGCCGAGCUUUUGAUGCUGGUGAGAAGAAAGAAACCUGCAAGCAGGACUGCAGCUAUUUCCAGCUGAUCACAGUGAAGGAUCGCGAAAAGCUGCCUCAGCCCACAGACCAGAGCUUCCCACUGACCCACUGCAAGGAGCGAGACGCCAACGACUGCUGGUUCUACUACACCUACGCCAUCAGGAACGGCACCAAGGAGGUCUACGUGAUGGAUAUGCUGGAGUGUCCAGCAGGACCUGACAUCAUCCCCAUCGUGGCAGGUGUGGUAGCGGGCAUCGUGCUGAUCGGCCUUGCCCUGCUGCUCAUCUGGAAGCUGCUCAUGAUCAUCCACGACCGCAGAGAGUUCGCCAAGUUUGAGAAGGAGAAGAUGAACGCCAAGUGGGACACGGGUGAGAAUCCGAUCUACAAAAGUGCCGUAACAACUGUCGUCAAUCCAAAGUACGAGGGCAAAUGAUGGAGCUCUGCCUCCCCUGUGACAACACUGUAUGGAAAAAAAUAUGGGCUGGGGUGAAGGGAGGGGUGGGUUUUAUAAUGCUCUCACUGUUUGUAUGUUGUUUUGUUUGUUUGUUUGUUUGUUUGUUUGUUUGUUUGUUGUAGACACCAAAUGAUAGCAAUGCAUUUUGCCACUAUUUCAGUUUGUUUUACUAACGUGUUUUUCAUUUCUAUGCAUCAUCUGAAACGUGUACAGUCUGUAUAAAUGUGGGGCUUUGUUUUUUUGUUUUUUUUUAUCUUUUUGUGCCUCUGCGGAACCUGAAAGAAUGUGCAGAACUGAGUUGUAGUUUUUUCCGCCUAAGGACUGGCAAGGUAACAAAAACCUGGCUGUGCCUUUUUUCUUAAGAAACAUAAAGCCAUCAGUGUUUUUGUUGAGGGUUGAAUUGGAUGUUGAUAAUGGGCAGCAAAUGAAGAGUUCCUUUCCAAAUAAUGAAACAAUAGGGGCUUUCGGACCAGAGGAACUUUAUCAUAGCUCUAAGAACUACUUUUAAUUAUGCCUGCACUCAAGAUCUAGAAAUGAUUGUAGUUCUUCGAACGCCAUUUUCUUUUUUCUGUGGCCCAAUUUAGCUCUCAUCUGCAUCACGAAAUGAGUUAUUCUUCAAAAGUAGAGUCCCCAGUAUAGAACAUCCUUUUUUAGGGACUUUUAAGCUCCUAUUUCAGAGUUGUUACUCUACCAGCACAAGAGGAACCUAGAGUGGUGUUAGUGCGCGUCUAAUGCAGCAUCUGCAGCCGCAAUUUUAAACCAUGAGCGAACUAGCCAGCAGCUGAAGGACUAAAAUUUAACAAGUUUAUGCUUCAUCCACACACUCAUAGCAAAUUGCUAUUGAGAAAUCAGUGACGACUUUGUUGGGCUCAUUUUCUGUGGCCAUGGUUAAAUGAAAGCAUGGCAGAAUUGAUUGCUAAUCCCACCGUGCUUUCAUGCAACCCAAGAUACAGAAAUUGAGCCCAAGAAAGCCAUCACUGCAGUCCCUCCGCCUCUGACUUUCAUCUCUAGAGCUGCAGUCUGCCAGCACUGGGGAGUGAACAGGAAAGAAGAACCUUAAAGGUAUGUGGGGAAGCUCUCAAAUGAGCAGUUCCUCUUUGGAGUCCUCAGAACAGUUUGGGCCGAAAACACCUAAAGUUGACUGGGUGGCAGUCUUAUCAGUUUAUAAACACAGGUGAGCAAAGGUCUCACGAUUGAUUAGUCGUCAGAGCUAAGUUCUUACUGUGUCUCUAAUCAUUCUGACUGAGUAGGUGUCACUCCUUUUAAAUGCCUCUUUGGAUUGAAACUCUUCAGAUGUCGCGCCAGUUGGCCGCGUGUGGUAGCAAUGAAAUGUGUACAGUAUGUUUUGGUCUCUGUGUUAAGCCAUAUAUGUAUUCACAGAACAGGACUGAAGGCAUUAGUGUGUCUUUUCUUAAUGACUUAAUCCACCUGAACAAUCAAUUGUAAUGUUAUCUUUUUGUCUAGGAGAGAUGUUUUCUCGGGCUGCCUUUUAGAUGACAGGACAUCAGUGUACAGUAGUGUUACUGUUUGGCUCCAGGUUUUACAUGCUUAAUUAAAAGCCAACUCAGGUCCUUAAUUCUUCACAGCAAUGCCAAAUACACGCAAACCUGCCUUAUUUGCUAACGAAAUUAGCUUUUAUGAAAUGUUUUAUUUGUAGUGUAUGAAUUGGGGAAGGGUCCCACUCUUUUUUUUCCUUUUUAUUUUUUAUUUUUAUGUGUAAGUAAUUCCAACCGACUCUUUUGUGGUGCCUCGAUCAAACAUUUUUUACUGAAAAGAAAUACGAGUGACGAUAAUGUCAUUUAGUUUUAAAGAUCAGUGGUAAGGGAAUGUGAAUCUCUGAAUCUCUAGAGUUUUUGUAAAAGAAAAAAAGGUUACACCUGUCACCAUUGUUUUUAAAGUGCCUUUUUUUUUUAAUUUCAACACAUUCACAUUUGCAAUUCUGUAUUUCUGAAAUUAUUUAUUGAAUAAACAUUAAAAAACAAUUUACCCCUA